UCUGUAACUAAGGAAAAUAGAAAAACAAUAAGAGUCACAUUCAGCAGUUUCACUCUUAUUCAGUAUGAAGUAGUUUCAGUUGCAUCAGACUAAUAUUUUAGGUUACACUUUCACUUUUUUAUUCACUUCUGAUCUAUAAAUUGUAAUGAUCAAAAAUAGACAGAUUUAUUGGGUGUUACUUAUAAAUUUCAAUAAAUUCAGUUCAUUGAAUGAAUGGCCGCUGAAUGAAUGAGAGGCGUGUCCAGUAGGGGGCGUGGCUCUGUGCAGGGACAUCAACAAAUUUCAGUGAGGACACAAACAGUAACCUUUUUCACUUUGGAUUCACAGUCAGGACAAACAGACACCACGCAGCUUCUAUCAUGAAGGUUUUAUCUUCACCAGAGUCUCCCGGACAGAGGAGUGUGAGAAGGGUGUCGAAACCUCUGAUGGAAAAACGCAGACGGGAGCGAAUCAACCACAGUCUGGAGACAUUACGACUUCUGAUGCUGGAGAACACCCACAAUGAUAAACUGAAGAAUCCAAAGGUGGAGAAGGCAGAGAUUCUGGAGAGUGUGGUCCAGUUCCUGAAGUCAGAGAAGGAGGUGGACAGAGUCCUGUCCAGCGAGCAGACCUGUGCCCGCCAGUACAACUACCAUGACGGCAUGAGGACCUGCCUGCUGAGGGUCAGCCGCUUCAUCGCCACCAAAGGCCAGGAGUCAGAGGAAACCGGCGAGGAUACAGUUCAGGCUUCUUUUGCGCUCCCUGAGCCCCACACGCACCCUUCCUCACCCGGGCACAUCCACAAAGCACUGAUACCCGCUCCUGCUGGUGACCCGACUACUCUGGCUCCUCAGCAUCUGCCCCACCAUCACCUCCAGCACGGGAUCUCUCAUCCGUACCUGACCCAAAGGACUGGGCUCCACUGUGAGACCCGGAAGCUGCUUUCCUCCACGGCAGCGUGCACGAACAUCAUUGAUCCUGUGUGGAGGCCCUGGCCUCAGUGACAGACACUUUGACACAUAUUUUAUUUUAGAUACGUAGCUCACUAGAUGCCAGCAGACUGUGUAAAUAUGUAUUUGAUUGUACAGCCUGAAUUAUCUUGUACAGUGAAGACAUUUUCUAUGAGAACUCUCACGUGUAAGAUGAUAUUCUCCACUUUGAUGUGGUGUUUUUGCCUUUCACCUGUUUUGCACAUGCAUUAUAUGCUAUAUUUUUCUUCUUUUUUUUUUUUUUGAUUUUGGGUGUAAAUAUGAGAAGUUUCUAGGCGGGACUGUCCGCACAUUGCUGUCAUUUUUACACCAAUACCCUAUUCUAUCUAUUUGGUGAUGCUGAAACGCGUGCGUAAAACUGUUGAGACGCGUGCGUAAAAUAGCUUUUCGGCUUUGACAUCAGGGAUGCUAUUCUAUUUUUGCUUUGUUCUAGGAUGUAAAUAUUCUUGUUGAAUUCUAUGUUCCGUUUUGCAAUAAAAGUACAAUUUCCUGAUCAUUCCAGAUCCUUGGAGUGGCCUAUUUGCUGUGUGAAUAGCUUGCACUUGAGUGGACUAUACCGCUGCCCUUGUAGAGAAAGGGGGGAUAUCUGCACGACCGUUAACACAUACUUUAUCCAGGCUGGACAGCAGUUUUGGCACAUUUUGUCUUUUGAAAUGUUGAUGGUAGAGAGCCUGUUGCUCCUAUGAUCUAAAGAACAGUUUUUCAAAUGUAGAAAAGCAAACCGGAGUGCUCAUUCACACACUGUCCAGCAUCCAGACUGCUUCGAGUGAAGUGGCAUCCAAUCUACAAAAAACACAGACUUCUGAUCACUGCAUGAAAUUCUUUCAGCGCAGACCUCUUUCACUUUACUAUGUGUGGUUUAUUUAAUAUCAAGUGAAUCAAUGAACUAUACAAACGAAAAUAUUCCGUUUUAACUAUUUGACAUGCGCAGUAUAAUGGGCAUUUGUAAAGAAUUCCCAUUGUGUUACAUAAAGUAGGAAAAUACAAUUAAAAAAUCAGUUAUAACAGACCUGCAGUAUGUGUCAGUCUUUUCCCGCCUUCUCAAACCCUCCAGGUGCAGAAUGACGCCAGUUGGUGUUGAUCAGUCCACAUCGGCCCUCUCUGAUGAUGAGGGAGGCUGCAGCAAUCCCUGUUCAUUCAAUGUCUAUUUUGAUGUCACUGAGUCUUUAAAAAUAACAGAGGCAGCAUUAGUGACAGUGAAUAUGUCGCGAUAAAGUUUGAUUAAUCAAACACAAUGUGGCGUGAAAAUAUGGAAGAUAGAUUCAAUUUUUACAAAAUGCUCAGUGGGAAGUUUUUAGAGCCUAUUACUCUGAGUUGGUUCAGGGUUGCUAAAGUUUCAGAGUUUGAGGUUUUGUUUAUUGGAGCAAAGAGUCUGGAUGCUGUGAGUGUGAACAGUGUGUUAAUGGCCACUGUCGUGUGCUUUUCUACAUCUGAAAGACGGCACUUAUAGCGCAUGCUCCCACGUAUCAACAUAUCAAUGCACGCUAGAUUACCUCAUAACUGCUCUCCAUCCUGGGUACAGUAUGUGCUAACUGCCCUGCAGAUCCUCCCUACUACUGGAAA